AUGUUUCUGUCUCCGGAUCGCGACAUGUCGCCCGGAUCGCCCGAUCUCGGAGGACACACCCCAGCGGUCCCCGAUCGGCCUGGGUCUCCGCGCCAUCUAGGCCCAACCGGAUCGCCCACAAUCCCCACAGGAUCGCCAGAUCGACAGCCGACCAGACCCUCGUCUCCAUCCCGAGACUCGCCAUCUAGAUCGCCAGAUCGCGGGUGGUAUGCUCCUAUCGUCCCAGAUCAACAUGAGUCUCUCAGUAAUCCCAGAUCGGUCGGAUCACUCUCGACCGCCGCGGAAUUAUCAGAUCGUUCCUCCGAGCCAUUCCCGCUUCCCACUCCUCCGGCGGCCCCAGAUGCGUCCAGAUCCGACAUCCCGGCCGCUAAUGAAUCUCGUGAAAGGUCUGCUCCAGCUGUGGGCGUCACCGGCUUCGUUCCCAGAGUCUCUGCCGACGACGUUCGUCUCACGAUGGCCACGAUCUCGUAUUUGUGGGAUCGAGAGGCUACCUUCUGCAGCCAAGCCGACACCAUUCAUGCGCUCCAGCAAUCCUACCGAGAUGCCGUCGUCCGGGGGGAUCGCUUACAAGACGAGCUUGAUUCGCUAUACAGAUCAGCCGCUCCUUUUGUCUCCUUCGUCCAGCUUCGAUAUGACUGGAUGCAGGGCCGCUACGUCGACGCAGUGCAUUCUUUGAGUGAUUGCCAUCGAGCUCUGCGGACAUAUCGAGAUCAAUCGGAGGAGAUUCGUCGGCUACGCACUUUGAUAUGUGCCAACGACGAGGCUCAGGGGAACUUGGAACGACAGGUGGAUGCUUUGAGGGCUCAGCUUCAUUCGCUCCAAGCCGAACUCAACUCUCUCCGACAGCAGCGUGAUCAGCUGACCAUGGACAAAUCCUUCCUUCACAUAGAUUUUUUGCACUUGAAGGAGCAAUUGGCUCAGUCUCAGGAGGAGAUCGCAGAUGGACUGUCUUCGAUCAGCGAUCUCAUGCAACAAGUGGAUGGUUUGACUCCCCUAGAGGGUCAGUUGGCACUUUCGCAGGCGGAGAACGCCAACCUACGUCGUCAGCUUGCGGAACACCUCGAGAUAUACGACCAGUUGCAGGUGGUGGAGCAUGAUCGGGAUCAGGCUAUAGCUGAACACCGUGCUCUCCUCGACACACUGAACAGUGCUAUACUCGGAUCCCGGUCGUCUGCGUUGAUCGCUCGAUCGACGCCUAAGAGUGCUACUCCGGUCGGAUCGCCCCCUGCUCCCACUACCCCGGGAUCGAGAUCGCUUGCCCGUAGGUCCAGAUCGAGAUCGUCCGGCCCGCCUGCCAAGCGUCGGCGUAUUCAACCAAGGUCACAAUCCAGUGAUUCUUCCACCGCCCGUGUGGCUUCCCGGCUAUUGUCGUUGAACCCUUCAAUACCUUUAAACAAACUUCCCGGAUUGGCCCCACCCGAGCCUCCACCCAAUUCUUCUUGUUCUCCGCUUUCGUCCGCGGCUUCUGGGACUGGAUCGGGAAGUGAGGAGCUGACCGAGUCGGAUUCUAGCUCGGAUGAUUUGACUCGUGCUGCAUUAUCCCAAUCGAGAUCGGCCUCUCGUCGUCAACCUAGAUCGGAUGCCCGAUCUUCGACCCCGAACCCCUCUCCGGCCGCUCGGGUUGUUCCCGCUUCUCCCGCAGCUACUGCGUUGGCUCAAGCACUGUUGCGUUCGCCUUCUCCAGACGUUCCGGAGCCUCGUUAUCUUUCGUACCCAUCCACUCCGGUCGCGGCUGUCCCCGUAGUCGAAAUUCAAGAUGAUGGCGGCGUAGAAGACGUGGAGGUAUCGCCGACAGGGGAGACACACAGCGAGACUGGCUCUGUUAGUCCGCCUCCGGAGUCUACUGCGCUUUCGGAUCGCCAUUCGUCCGAUAGCGAAAACAGCAUCACCCUUCCGGCACGCCAAGUGGCUAACAGAGUUUUCUCUUCCGUGGACUUCGACAAUCUUCCGCCACUCCAGCAACCACGGGAUCGGUGGAUUCCCAACUAUCUGGCGCCCUCCCGACGGGUAGCUUCCGAGAUCGCUCCAUGGUCCGUUUCGCGGAUCGCGAUGGUUUGCGUGAGGACCAUGACCAUUGAGCUGUUGUUUCACCACUACUCCAAACCCAGGAAUUUUCUGUUUCCCUUCUACAAUCAUGGACGAGCUCCGCCUACGGGGACUUGGGCUUCUGGGCUGAUCUCGCGGCAACACAUCGAGGCUCUUUACGCUUUAGCCCCUUGGGAUAAUAUCAUAGUCCCAGUGAACCCGAUAUCAUUCACCAUGACUGGAUGGUAUCGUGAUAUGGGUCAUCGGUACCUGGAGCUUGAGUCCACUCAUCGACAAGCUCUGUGGGAAUCUACUCAUGCUUUCCCGAUUCCUCCGGCUCAAAGGCGAUCUGAACGGUUCAUGCAGACAUUCUGGCGCCAACGAAAACAACGCCGUUCUCGCUUUGGAGCGCGUUGGAAGAACUUCUUGAAGAUGAUACUCAGCGGCAUGAUCGCUGGCCACUGUGAUCUCGACAUCUUGCUAGAUCCCUUCUUCCUCCACUAUCCGCGCCCACAUGAAGACCGAGUUUGGUAUCCAGGGUUAGGACACUCUAACGACCCAGCUGACUUGCUAGAGGCGUUGGACAUGGCAGACCAAGAGGAUCCUUGGCGCAACCAGUUCCGUAACGCCUAUUGGGAUCAUCCCGGAUCGCAGAUCCCUCGUCUGCAGGACAAGUUCAAACCUGCUCCAUCGUCUUAG